UGAGCUGGUGACUCAGUUAACUCUGUUUCCAUUCAUUCUCAGAAACAAAUCACACUUCCCUUGGGGAGGCUGAUAAGAAGCCAGGAGCUUGUUGUGGCCGAGUGGCACAGUCAUUAAAACAUUCCCAGCCCCAUCACCAACCUUUUCCUUCCUCCACUGCUCACUGGAGACUACUUAGGAAUCAAAGAAGAGGGUCUGCUGAAUGCUGGAAAGCAUGUAUCAUCGCAGCUGGGGCAGUCAGCCGGCUUUAAAGUCUCUUCACCAUGCGGAUGCACCGGAGAAAUGACCUGCCCAGACAAGCCAGGCCAACUCAUAAACUGGUUUGUCUGCUCCUUGUGCAUCCCGAGGGUGCUGAGGCUUUGGAGUAGCAGGCGCCCGAGGACCAGGAGGAAUCUGUUGCUAGGAACUGCCUGUGCUCUUUACCUGGGCUUCCUGGUGAGCCAGGUUGGGCAUGUGUCACCACAGCAUCGAAGGGCACCAGAAAAGGACCCCCAGUGGAACCUGGAUGCUGCUGGGACAUCCUUCCUGGAGCUGCCCUUGGAUGGCACACUGGCACCCCCUGAGAGCCAAGGGAACGGGACCACCCUGCAACCCAAUGUGGUCUAUAUCACCCUACGCUCCAAGAGGAGCAAGCCUGCUAACAUUCGCGGUACAGUGAAGCCCAAACGGAGGAAAAAAUAUGCCCUGGGCUCCUUAACCCAGAGACAGGAGAUGUGGACCAAGCCAUCCACGCAACCCCACGGGUUGGCACUGGCAGCAGAUGUCGAGGUCCCUGGGCAUCCGCGUAAGGAACAGGUGGGCAGGGACUGGGGGCAGACCUGGAGACUGGCCCAGGGACCCGACCUCCAAUUGCCCAGGACCUCGGAGAGCAACAUUAGGAUAUACAGUGAGAGCGCCCCCUCAUGGUUGAGCAAAGAAGACAUCCAUGGGAUGCGCCUACUGGCUGACAGCGCUAUUGGAGACAUCCAAGAAUUGCCGUCCCUGCCUGGAGCUCGCUUGUUGGUGCUGGAGGGAAACUCAAAGAACAAAUGGCCUUCUUGUGGCACCAGUCCUUGUGCUUUGCUUAAGAGACCCUUGGACAUGAGCGAGGUGUUUGCUUUCCACUUGGACCGCAUCCUGGGCCUUAACAGAACCCUGCCAUCUGUGAGCAGGAAAUCUGAGUUCAUUCAAGAUGGCCACCCCUGCCCUGUGAUUCUCUGGGACUCAUCAUUGGCUCCAACAGAUAAUGAAAGUCAUUCUUCAGUUCCACUCACUUGGGGUGCUUAUCAACAAUUACUCAAGCAAAAGUGUUGGCAAAAUGGCAGAGCACCCAAAGCUGAAUGGGGGUGUACUGAAGUACAUCAUCAUGAAUGGUCUAAGAUGGCACUUUUUGAUUUUCUGCUCCAGAUCUACCACCGCUUAGAUGUAAACUGCUGUGGAUUCAGACCUCGGAAGGAGGAUGCCUGUGGUCAGAAGGGAGUGAGGAGGAAAUGUGAUAACCAAGACACUGUGGAGCUAACACACAUUGUUCAAAGAAAGCAUGACCCAAGGCACUUGGUCUUUAUAGACAAUAAAGGUUUCUUUGACAGAAGUGAAGAUAAUUUAAAUUUCAAAUUAUUAGAAGGAAUCAAAGAGUUCCCUGAAUCUGCAAUUUCAAUUCUGAAGAGUCAUCAUUUAAGGGAGAAGCUCCUUCAGUCCUUGUUUCUUGACAAAGUUUAUUGGGAAAGCCAAGGAGGUCGACAAGGAAUUGAAAAACUUAUUGAUGUGAUAGAACAGAGGGCCAAGAUUCUUCUCACCUACAUCAAUGCACAUGGAGCCAAAGUAUUACCUAUGAAUCAAUGACUUUGAAGGACCUAUCAUCCAAGUAAAAAUUGGGACAAAAACAAUAGGACAUAGAAAUACUUCAGUGCUCUUUCAAGACUUUUAUAAAAAUAUUCCUGAAAAUAUUUUGACUUCACAGAAAACAUUCACUUUUUUCUUUCUCAUAUGUAUCAAACUGGACCCAGUAGACUGUAAGCUCUUCAAGAGCAGGAGCUUUUAUUUGUGUUUUCCCCUAAUGCCCUUUACAUUGCCUUAUACUUUUCAAAUGCCUUUUUGUAUUGGAUUGACCCAAAUACUUGACUGUAGAAUGGUUUCAAGGAUUAUCUGACCUAAUUUUAGCAAAACCAGUUAGUAUCAUAACCUAAAUCCAGUUCAUUUCAAUUAAAAAAACUUCUUAUUUCACCAUUUAUGUGCAAAGCACUGUAACAGGCACUGAGAAUAUAACAACUGAAACCAUACAGUCCUUUCUUGAAGGUGCUCCCAUUUGUUUCUUUGCUUGGCAAAGGAGAUCCAGACAUCUUAUAUCAGUCAUUUCUAUAAUGACAUCAUAAAGACCUUAAUGAUUACAGUGACAAAAAGUUACUUUAGCUCUUGGUGCCAUUGCCCCUCCUAGGUUUUGGGGAACCUUAGCUCUAUGAUCUAAGAUGCCCAAAGAGGAUAUAAUGACUCUCUCAGCACUGGCAAAUGCAUACCUACAAUUUACAAAAAGCUCAAAGACUUCGUUGAUGUCCCACAUAGAUAUAUUGGAUCACUGGUAAAAAUACAGUGCAUUCUACAGUAUUUCUACAAAAAUUCCUGACAUAUCUAUAAAGAAAACAUUGUAUUCUCAGACCUUUUGGAAAUAAAUUGUAUUUAGAAUGGAGAAAAUUCAAAUCUGACUAUAUUCAUGGCUCUUCUCUUUCUAAAGAGAGAUCUAAAUUAUAUCUUGUGACUUGGAACCAAGUGACUCUGAGACUGGAAAUUGAUUAAUUAGAAAUAUAUAAAAAUACAUGCGUGCGUGCACACGCACACACACACACACACGACUUUUUCUUUUUAGAGAGAGAGGGAAAAGAAUUUAGUUUGUGAUUUUUUUGAAGAAUAUAUGCAAUAAAGUCAGUUUUAUGAUCCAUUAACAUUUUUCUCACAUUUGGUUAGUAUGACAAUAAAUUUUUUAAUCCAAUUCACAUCAGUUGUAAGAUAUAAACCUAUUUCUUGGCUAUCAAAGAGAAAAUAUUAUGAGUUAAAUUCUGACAUUAGUGAGGUCUCCUCAGUGAAAGCACAAUUCUAAUCUCAAGGCCAGUUUCCACCUCUUCCUUAAUGCCUCACCUUCAUGCCCCAUUCAUAUUAGCAUGAAUGAACCUAAGCAUCUAGGAAGGAAAGGGUUUAAGCAUACAUGUAGUGCUUGGUAUGUGCCAGGUACAAUGCUAAGAACUUUUUGUAAGCAUUUUCUCCUUUGAUCUGACAACAACCCUAUGUAUUAGGUACUAUUAUUCUCAUUUUACAGUAGAGGAAACUAAUUAUUGGGUCUCAUUACCUUCUAAUAUUUUUGAAGAACAAAAUGGAUAUUUCUAUAUUCAUUCCUAAACUUUAUUUUAAAAAUGAUUUUGGAAAGGCUACUCUUUUUUUAGCUUUGUUUUGCUUACUUGAGAAAUUAAUACUAGAGGUUCAUUUGAAAAUUGUUUACAAAAAAGAAUGCCACCCCAUUCCACAUCUAAAGCUAAGUGCUGCUCUUAAUGUCUUUUACAUUUUCUAUCAUUUAAAACUGAAGAAUCAAUAGCAAUGUUAAUAGUUUUAGAAAUCAUAUUUUAAUUGCCAAUGAUGAUUUUUUUUCCUGCGGAUCAAUUUUAAUUUCUAUCUGCAGAAAUAAAAAAUAAGAUAAUAUUCAAUUCAAGAAAAUAUGGGAGUAAAGAUAUCAUUGGAUCUUCUGUUACUGGGUUUUCAAAGCACUUGCCCUGUAUUGCCUUCAGGUGACACCCACUUAUUUUCAAGGCUUACUCAUGGCAAAAUGGCUAUUGGAAUUUGUCUUCAGCAUUCCUAUCUAUUCUCAUAUUCUGAAGAGCCAUUUCUUUAGACAUUUUCUAACUGUGUGAUCUUGGGUAAGUCAUUAAACCAUUUUGGUCACCAUUUCUUCAUCUAUAGCAGUGGU